CUAAUUUGAGGUAGAAUAAACAAAAUGUGAAACUAAUACAUUAAUCAACUAAUAUAAAUAAACAGAAUUUUCUUUGGAAUUUAUCUUAUCAACUGAACUACUAAGUUAAUUUAGACUACCAGUUUAUUGGUGAAAUCAAAAUUUUAUAACUGUCGAAUCUCUAAAUAUGUUCCAUUUCUAUUACUUUUAUUCCGUUCUUUCAUUUUUUCUAUUUUUUCAAACAAAAAAGUUCUUUGCGUUUGCUGAAUUAACAACUAUUACUUGGAAUCAAUGUGAUCCAAUAACACAAGAUGGUGCAAUUUCUCUCAGCUGUUAUAUUACAAGUACCUCUGGCGAUGUAUCUGAUUUUGUUGUUUUAACCACCACUAACGUUGUUACACUUACAACUUGUUAUCUAGUCACCGAAACAUCGACUGAAGAUAUUAUCAUCACAUCAACUAUUUCUUGCUCUUCUGAAUCAUGUUCCAAAACAACAUAUACCACUCCAACCACCUACACCACAGAAUAUUCAAAAACUUUUGCAAUUACAACAGAUUCCAUUCCAGCUGACCAAACUGAAACAAUCACAUCAUCAACUAGUGAAACAGACGAAUCUAUGACAAGUGAAAAUGUGAUUACUUCAACGACACUAGCGAGUAUUAGCUCGGAAUUGUUCUCUUCAUCAACAACAAGUGCAUCAAAUACAGAGCAAGCAACUUCAUCAAUUGGAACAUGCGAUUUAACGACAUAUACUUCUUAUACAACUGAUGAGGUCGGAAAUCAAAUCACUUUUAUUAGUUCAGAUUGUUUAGAAACUUCAAUUCCAACUUCGUCAGCAUUGCAAACUGAUUCUUGUGAAUUAAAAACUUAUACCUCCUACUCAACUGAUGAGUUCGGAACAAAAGUCACAUACACAAGCACUGGAUGUUCAGAAACAUUCUUUCCUAAUAUUUCAGAGAGUAGUUGUGAUUUAACGACCUAUACUUCAACUGAUGAGUUAAAUAACAAAAUCACUUACAUUAGUUCUGGAUGCUCUGGAAAUUUCUUCCCAAAUAUUGUAUCAACCAGUACUUUAUUGACAGUAAUUUCAUCAACAGACAUUUCAUCUACUGUUGCCAUAUCUUCUGUUGCCAUAUCUUCUGAUAUUUUAUCUUCUGCUGUUGUGUCAUCUGAUAUCAUAUCAAAUGGUAUUGUAUCGACAUCUAUUGAAGAAGAAAGUUGCACUCUUACUAUUCAUACUUCUUACUCAACUGAUGAUUCUGGUAAAGAAGCCACUUAUGUUACUUCGCACUGUGAAGAAACCACUUAUCCAAACGGUUCUGAUAUUAUAACAACCACAUUGACUACUAAAAUUUCGGAUGAAAAAACUGUAUAUGUAACCACUUAUCCUUCAUCUGAACUAUAUGAACCAUCAUACAACAAUGAAAUAGUUACUUCAACAUUGAACACUAUUAUCUCUGGAGAAACAACUGUCGAAGAGUCACAUAGCAGCCACUCAACUUCAGCUAGUUCAGAAAUAACUGUGGUUGGAACUGAGACAAGCUUAGAUUCUGAAAGUUCUUUUGCUACUAGCACAAUUUCCACUAGUCCUUAUCACUCAGAAGAAGAUUUUUUUUCAUAUGAAAGCAAAAGCAGCUUGGACGCAAAUUAUGUUCAAAGCAGUUCCAAUGUUGCUGGAUCAUCUUCCACAACUUUGAUCAACAUACCAGCAAUCAGUGGAUAUAACUCAACCUCGACAUCUGUUCAAGAGCAACCAAGUGUCGAUAUCUAUUCAGGCCUUGGAAAUCCAGGCAAGUCAAUUGGACUCAGCUCAGUUUUGGCAGCUCCAUUUGUUAUCAUAAUGUUUAUUUAGAUAGCUGAUGCAGACCAGUUUUUUAGUAUAUAAUAUUGUUUUGAGGUUUUGUUUUUAAAUCUCUUCUGUUUUCUUUAUGUAUUUGUUAAUUUAAUUUUCUGAAUAUUACAAUACUUUGCUUUCUCUUAGAGUUUAGUGGCGAUUCCGUAGAAAAAC